CACUCUCUGCCUAACACCAACCCCACGAGCUAUACGGAUGUUUGGAGCUCACUUCUAGCUUUAAAGCUAUCCUGCGAUCUGCGUUCGCAUUCUCGCUUCGGUCGCUGGUACGGCAUUAGACCAGCGCCCAGCCACCCCUGCGCAACAUGCGGUCGGCUUCCGCAUUCCUUCUCUCGGUAAUCGCUCUGGUCUGCUGCUCUGUCUCAUCAGCAGCCUGGAGCGAUGUCUACGAUGUAAACCUCGUUCCUCGAUCCCCUUUUUCGCUCCUUGAUGACCGGCCUGCCGAUUGUCCGCCCUGCUUCAACUGCCAGCUCGACUCCUACAACUGUACCCACUUUGCGCCCUGCAACAAGUACAACGGCAAAUGCUCUUGUCCGCCGGGCUUUGGAGGAGAUGACUGCUCGACCCCCGUGUGCGGAUCGCUGGCCGAUGGCGAGAACCGCCCGAGGCGCGAAGGCGACACCUGUAGCUGCAAGGAAGGUUGGACCGGUAUCAACUGCAAUGUCUGCGAAUCGGACAAUGCCUGCAAUGCCAUGAUGCCUGAAGGCGAGGGCGGCAGGUGUUACAAACAAGGUGUCACCGUCAAGGAGAAUUUCCAGAUGUGUGAUGUAACGAAUCGAAAGAUCUUGGACCAGCUUGACGGCCGGAAACCUCAAGUGACUUUCUCUUGUAAGGAGGAGGAUAAGACUUGCAACUUCCAAUUCUGGGUAGGCCAAAAGGAGUCCUUCUACUGUGGUCUGGAUACUUGCGAGUGGGGCAUGGAGAACAGUUACGAUACGAACACGACCAACUACAAGUGCGAGAAUGCCCACUGUAGCUGCAUCAAGGACAGGUUCCUGUGCGGCGAAAAUGGAUCCAUCGAUCUCGGUGUCUUCCUUGAUCAAGUCAUCAAAGGACCCGCUACCUUCUCUACUAAAACGACCGCCGAUGGCUCCAAGAGCGUCUUCUCCGAGCCCGAAAUGAACAACCUGAUCAGUGGUGUCUUUGGUGACCCCAGCAUCUUCUUGAGCUGUGACUCUGGGGAGUGUCUAUACAAGACCGACGAACCAGGCUACGAGCGGCCGAUCAAGAAGAUCAACACCCCUCUGAUUGCAGGUGUGAUCGCCGGUUGCUCGCUCUUCGUCGUUGCCGUGAUUUUGCUUGUCUGGUAUCUGUCACGCCGUGCUGCUCGUCGGGGUUAUCUCCGUCUGUCACUGUCCGAUGAUUCUGAUGACGAAUCAGCCAAGCUUCUGGCUGAGCAUCGGCCUGCAGCACUGUACUGGGAUAAUGUGUCUUACUACCUGAAUGGUAAAGAGAUUCUCUCUAAUAUCCAUGGUGCGUCGGGCCCGGGUCAGAUCACCGCGAUCAUGGGCGCAUCUGGUGCAGGCAAAACUACCUUCCUAGACCUCCUAGCGCGGAAGAACAAGCGCGGCGUCGUCCAGGGCAACUUCUAUGUGAAUGGCGAGAAGGUGGAAGACAGCGAAUUUAAAAGCAUGGUGGGCUUCGUCGACCAAGAGGAUACGAUGCUGCCAACCUUGACCGUUCACGAAACUAUCUUGACCAGUGCCCUUCUUAGGCUUCCACGGGAUAUGAGCCGGGCUGCCAAGGAACAGAAGGUGCUGGAGGUUGAAAAGCAACUUGGAAUUUAUCACAUCAGGGAUCAACUGAUUGGCUCAGAAGAAGGCAAGGGUCGUGGUAUUUCCGGUGGUGAGAAACGCCGUGUCGGUAUUGCUUGCGAGUUGGUCACCAGUCCCAGCAUUCUUUUCUUGGAUGAGCCUACCAGUGGAUUGGAUGCAUACAACGCUUUCAAUGUGGUCGAAUGCCUGGUUACCCUGGCCAAGACAUACAACCGAACCGUCAUUUUCACCAUUCAUCAGCCGCGCUCCAACAUUGUUGCUCUCUUUGACCGACUCAUCCUUCUCGCGGGGGGACGCACAGUCUACUCUGGUCCCUUCUCAACAUGCCAGCAGUACUUUGACCAUAUUGGAUAUUCAUGCCCUCCUGGGUUCAACAUUGCGGAUUACCUCGUCGAUCUUACGAUGCACGCGAGUGUAGCAAACUCUUACUCUGAUGAAAUUGGAUCUGCAGUGGAUGGACAUAAUGGCCCGCCCAAGACUGCUUCGAGUAGCCUCAGAGCGGUUAAGUCCGUCGCCAGUGCUUCCAACGUGAGCAUUGAGGACAACUCAAGCACAACAGCAGAGCCGACAAGGAGACCGAAGCACAACCGAAGGGUGUCUGUCAAGCAGCAGCAAGAUCGUCAGCUUUACUCGCGACGGAAGGAUCAAGAACAACGUCCAUUUACACCAAAGACUGACGAGGAAGAUGCUACGCUGGACGUAGCGGAGAACACCCAACAAUGGCUCCGUCUGCAUCGCCAACCGGGCAAUGUUCCCCCGCAGAUUCUUGAUGAUCCCGACCAGCUACCUCCCCCAGCACCUGGCCAAACCGACCUGGAUGUUCUGGUUGCCAGCUACGCUAGUUCAGACGUCUCGCGCUCAGUCCACGACGAGAUCAUGUCUGUCAUCCAGUCUGCGCAAAAUACCAAUGGCUCCACCAACUCGCACCUGACGAAUGGUUCCGGGACAGGGCAGAUAGGUUAUGCUCGAGUCAGUCUGGCUCGGCAGUUCCUCAUCCUGUCGCAACGUACAUGGCGCAACCUCUACCGCAAUCCGAUGCUGAUGCUCACACAUUAUGCUAUUGCUAUUUUGCUUGCUGUUCUUUCUGGAUAUCUCUUCUACGGGUUGACGGAUGAUAUCAAGGGUUUCCAGAAUCGCCUGGGUCUUUUCUUCUUCAUUCUUGCUCUUUUCGGCUUUAGCACCCUUACCAGUUUGACUGUUUUCUCCACGGAGCGACUUUUGUUCGUCCGCGAGCGAGCUAACGGUUAUUACCACCCGGUCACAUACUUUGCCGCCAAGGUUGUAUUUGAUAUCGUACCGCUUCGACUCAUCCCUCCCAUCAUUAUGGGUAUUAUUGUCUACCCCAUGACCGGAUUGAUUCCUGCAUGGCCCGAGUUCCUCCGCUUCAUGCUGGUUCUGGUGCUGUUUAACCUCGCGGCAGCCUGCAUCUGCCUGUUUAUUGGUAUCAUCUUCCGAGAUGGCGGUGUGGCCAACCUGAUUGGCAGUCUUGUCAUGCUUUUCAGCUUACUCUUUGCCGGUCUGUUGCUGAAUCACGAUGCGAUUCCCGCAUCUGCCUUGUGGUUGCAAAGCCUGUCAAUUUUCCACUAUGGCUUUGAAGCUCUUAUUGUUAACGAGGUCACCUUCCUCACGUUGAUUGACCACAAGUACGGCUUGGACAUUGAAGUUCCCGGAGCCUCGAUCCUGAGUGCCUUCGGAUUCAACACCCUUGCUUAUUGGCACGAUGUGAUUGGCCUCGCUGUGAUCUCUGGGGCCUUUAUCAUCAUUGCAUACGGAGCGAUGCAUUUCCUACUUGUCGAGAAGCGGUAGAUCCGCUCGGAUUCUUUGACUCACUCUCCUUACCAUGACUAGGAGAUCCCUGUUUCUGUCCCUUAUUUGGCACUUUCCGUUCUUGCAGUUUAUUAUUCUGUGUUUUGUUUUAUGUGAACGUGAUGUUUUUUCAGUUUUAGAGAGCACUUGAGAAGCUACCUUGCAUUCAAGUACAUGUUUCGAGGUAGGCCUACAACUUGAUUUGUGUGUAUAUAGACCAUGCUAUGUGACCAAGUAUACAAUCUGGGCCUAUUAUAAUUUGCAGUAUAUACCUCCA